AUGGAGGGGUUGGUUUAAGAGCACCUGGGCACGCAACACAACGAGCACGGGUGCGCUGAUUUACUUGUAGUAUUUGUCGCCCUUGAGCAUGUGAUAUAAUAAUUUCAAUAGCUGAAAUCCGACGAGUCCUUUAGGCGUCGUUAUCAACGGCAUGUGUGUGAGCGAGCGUGUGGGUCUAAGGCGGCGUGCGGAAUGCGCACCGCGCAAGCCGUAGACCUCGCCGAAAAGAAAGGACCGUAUACUUGUUAAAUAAUGACGAUAGUUGCACGUUACAGAGUGAAAUGUUCGGAGGGAUGGAGUAUUCUGACAGAUGAGCACCUUGGUAUUUAAGAGCGGGUCGGCAUGCCGAAUGUCAUCAGUUAACUCGAGAUCACCGCAACGGGAGCAUCUCCACAAGUGCAUUGUUCCAUUUGGACGGUCACAGCUAAGGGCCCUACACAGUACAUCAAUUUACCAAGCACAAUAUGCGCGCUUUUGUGGUACUCGCCUGUGUGGCGUUGGCCUACGGUCGGCCUGAGCCGCCGGUCGGCUAUAGCUACUCGGCCCCCGCCCGCGCACCGUCCGGCAGUUAUGGAGCUCCUUCCCUUGGAGGACACUCCAGCGGGGGAAUCUCUCUGGGAGGACACGCCGGUGGAAUUUCUCUCGGUGGCCAUUCUGGAGGUCUGUCGUUAGGCGGCGGUCACUCUGGAGGUCUAUCGUUCGGCGGCGGCCACUCGUCUGGAGGACACUCACUCGGUGGCGGCAGCAUCGGCGGUGGCUCAUUCGGCGGUGACUCUGGUUUCGGUGGUGGCUACGCCGGCGGCUACUCCGGUGCUCCUUUGGUUCAAAAACACAUCUACGUCCAUGUUCCUCCUCCAGAACCCGUCGAGCACCACGCUCCUAGGAUUUCUCCGGUGGCUCCUCCUCAGAAACACUACAAAAUCAUCUUCAUCAAAGCCCCGACUCCCCCCACCCCCACCGCUCCCAUUAUUCCCGUGCAGCCUCAGAACGAAGAGAAGACCCUGGUUUACGUGUUGGUUAAGAAACCCGAAGAACAACCCGAUAUCGUUAUCCCCACCCCAGCCCCGACACAGCCUUCCAAACCCGAAGUUUACUUUAUCAAAUAUCAAACCCAGAAGGAAUCUGGUGCCAUCGGUGGUGGUGCUAUCGGCGGCGGUGCUAUUGGCGGUGGUCUUGGCGGUGGAGUCGGCGGAGGUGACUUGGAAGGCAUCUCUAUCUCCAGCGGCGAUGCCGGUAUCGGCGGCGGCAGCGCCCAUGGUGGGGCUGAUAUCAGCGCUGACUUUGGCGCCACUGGUGGUGACAACAGUGGAUCCGACGGUGGUCACGGCGGUCACAGUGGUCAGGGUGGUGCUACCAGCGCUCAAUAUGGUCCUCCCGGUCAUGUAGCUGGUCCUCUUCAUUAGAUAUAGAAUAAAUAUAAAAAAACGAGUGGUAGCCAGUUCAAAACAUCCUAUUUAUUUAAAUCAUGUAUUUAGGUACAACAGUGCUCAUAAUACUCGUAGUUUACAAGCAAUUGGUGAUUCGAAUUACAUCUACAAGUGAUGAACUGUGCCUGCCACCGCUAUCUGGCUGCCGAACACUUUGUACAUAGUCACCCCGUGUUCGUACUGUUCGUAUGUGAGUUCAGUAGCGCAACGAGGCGCAUAACUGUCUCAUCGCAUCUCAUUGUCAACUUGUUAUUUGCGCACAGUGUUACUGUUACGUUUUGUAUGAUAAAUAUAGUAUUUUUAUUUUUAUAUUAAAAAUGUCGAUGCAAUGUCAUGUUUCAUUUUUGGUAACUAAAUGGGGAAUGGUGGUUUGAACAGUAAUUACGUCAUUGCCGAAAGUGGUCGUGAAAGGUUGCCCUGGCCAGAAUGGAGCAGCACCGACGGCGCGCUGGAUUCCUUUCUCGUUCUCGACCGGUAUGAUUAGUCUGAACAUUAUAAGUAUAUAAAUUGUGAACAAUCGCAGUGGUUAAGUUUAUAGGGAGUUGCGCAAGCGAGUGUAACGAGGCGAAGUGUUUUCUCGUUCUCGAGUGGCAAGACGGCGCGGACGUCCGUCAGCGGCCGGCCGGCGCCCGCGCUCUCAGCUCUCGGUAAUGGUCCCCUUAAUGGAUCAUACGUGUAAUUACACUUUCGUUAUAAUUUAGUAGACGUCGGUAAGCUUACAUAAUCUGUACGCAUCUUCACAUAAACGAUUCAUUAUAUUUUUAUGGGCUCCGAUAUUACAUUCGAAUACGGAUGUUUCGACACAGUAAGAACCAGAGUCUGUUAGUAAAGAAGACUAACCCUACAACGCCGUGAGAAACGUCAAUGUUAUAUUAAUUGUAAAUGACAUAAUAUAUAAUUUUUACAUU